GGCUUCGACCCGGAGGCUGCCUCAGAGUUCUUCGACAGGGAGCUCGAUCUGGGAGUGUCCAUGUUUGACACACCAAACGUAGCUGCUUUCCACGUUGUUGCCCAGUUCUUGUUUGCCAAGCUGGAUCAGACGCGUGCAGAAAAAGUUUUCAGGGACUGUUUGUUACCCGAACAAAUUACCAGAGAUAGUGUAUUUAGGAAGCAAUGUUGUUCAUGGCUAAAAGAGAUCACAAAUAAAAGCAAAAGCUGUCUUCCUCAAAUUGCGACUUCUUCACUUCUUUCUCCUGCUGGUCCUAAGUUUAUUCACCUAAUGUAUCGUCUUGCAAGAUAUGUAAUGAUUGAGAACCUGAGAAAGAACUCUGUAGACAGCGAUGUAUCUUUUGCUGAAGCUGUAAACGAAACACCUGAGGAUAUGUACAAAGCAGAAGCAAGAUGUACUGUGGCCUGUAAUAAACUCCUGCAAAUUUUGCAAAAGGAGGAUAUUAUUAUUCAAGAAUAUAACAAAAAAUCACAAUUUUUAAUUAAAGAAAUAAAACAGAUAAAAUCUGAAUAUGCAUACCACCAGCAAGAGUUGUUGAAGAUGAAACUCAAUGACCAAAACAAUAAUGACAAAAUAGAGAGAAUUCAAAAGGUCCGCAGUAUGUGGACAUUUGUAGUGGACACUCUUACAUCUCUGAAAAAGGAAAUUGAAAUUGUAGAUUCUGUAAUUGAAGGGCAUGUUGAUCAGUACACUUUAGCUGGAAUUGAUGUCAAUGUUCCACAGUUGUUGGCUGACAAAGUUGAAAGUGAAAUGCACGAAGUGUGUACAGGAAAUUUAUAUGAAGGUGAAAAACUGAAUUUUUUAACAGUCAUUCAGUUAUUAAAUGAAGCCCUGAGGAUCUUAAGAGAUGAAAGUUGUCAAUUUAAAUCAAAACAACAUUUCCAGGACAUCAAGAGUAUGAAUGAAUUCCAAAAUAACAUACUAUUGAAUUUGAAAGAAUUGAGGUAA